AUGGGAUCUGCCUCCUCAACUUACCGGCCCAAGUGUAUUUAUUUGGAUAUUGAUGGAAGAAUUCAAAAGGUGAUCUUCAGUAAAUACUGCAACUCCAAAGAUAUCAUGGACCUCUUCUGCAUUGCAACAGGGUUACCAAGGAACACUACAAUCUCCCUUUUGACAGCAGACAAUUGUAUGGUAUCCAUUGAUCCGACAAUGCCUGCAAACUCAGAGAGGUCUCCAUACAAAGUGAUACCUGUUGCCACUGGGCAGCUCUCAGAGAAAGAAGAAUUGUUCCAGAAUUUAUUGGGACAGAUUGCUGAGCAGUUCUCGAGGGUUUUUAAAAUCAAUGAGCUGAAAACGGAAGUAGCUAACCACUUGGCAAUGCUGGAGAAAAAAGUUGAAUUGGAAGGCCUGAAAGUAGUGGAGAUUGAGAAAUGCAAGAGCGACAUUAAAAAGAUGAGGGAGGAAAUGGCAGCAAGAAGCAGCAGGACUAACUGUCCCUGCAAGUACAGCUUUCUGGAUGAAAACAAGAGGCUGACUCCCCGACGGGAUGUACCAUCCUACCCAAAGUACAUGCUGUCUCAGGAGACCAUAGAAGCGCUUCGGAAACCAACUUUUGAUGUCUGGCUGUGGGAGCCCAACGAGAUGCUGAGUUGUUUGGAACAUAUGUACCACGAUCUUGGGCUGGUAAAAGACUUCAACAUCAAUCCUAUCACAUUAAAGAGGUGGUUGCUGUGCAUUCACGACAAUUACAGAAACAACCCCUUUCACAAUUUCCGGCACUGCUUCUGCGUGACCCAGAUGAUGUACAGCAUGAUCUCGCUCUGCAGCCUCCAGGAGAAGUUUUCCCAAAUUGACAUCUUGAUUCUCAUGACUGCAGCAGUGUGCCAUGACCUGGACCAUCCGGGCUAUAACAACACCUAUCAGAUAAAUGCACGAACUGAGCUUGCAGUACGGUACAAUGACAUCUCCCCACUGGAGAACCACCACUGUGCUGUGGCUUUCCAGAUAAUUUCCCAGCCAGAAUACAACAUUUUCUCGAAUGUCAACCAGGACCAAUUCAAACAGAUAAGACAGGGGAUAAUCACGUUAAUCCUGGCUACAGACAUGGCAAGACAUGCAGAAAUAAUGGACUCUUUCAAGGAGAAAAUGGAAAAUUUUGACUACUCAAAUGAAGAACACAUGACCUGUCUGAAGAUGGUACUGAUAAAAUGCUGUGAUAUCUCCAAUGAAGUCCGCCCAAUGGAAGUAGCAGAGCCCUGGGUAGACUGCUUGCUGGAGGAGUAUUUUAUGCAGAGCGACCGAGAAAAAUCUGAGGGGCUUCCAGUGGCACCAUUCAUGGAUCGCGAUAAAGUGACCAAGCCAACAGCACAGAUUGGCUUCCUCAAGUUCAUUCUCAUCCCCAUGUUCGAAACAGUAACAAAGCUAUUCCCAGAAGUGGAGGAGAUGAUGCUCCAGCCCCUUUGGGAAUCUAGGGAUCGCUAUGAGGAAUUAAAACAGAUAGAUGAUGCUAUGAAAGAGCUGCAGAAAAAGAAAAGUGAAAGUUUGACCACCAGCAGCACUGAAAAGUGAGACCAAAACGUCUCUGAGCACAACAUAAGCCCUGAGGUGAUUCUGUUCCUGAGAAAUGCCGUAUUUGCCAAAUAGACAUGAUGGCUACAUCAAAAUCCAACCUGGGACCGUGUAUGCGGAGAAGUGGCAGGCACAGAUGCCCUGCCUGCACACCUGGGCACCUUGUCUACAGCCUGCAGCUUGCUCCCACGGGCACUGCAGUCACCGGGCACCGAAGGACUCCAUGCUCUGGCAUGCCCACCGCAGCCCCCUCAGCAACACGUUCCCGGCGGACAUCGCACAGGUUGUAACACAGCUCAGAUCUGCAGCAGAUUUGCCUUUUUGGUGACCACACUGACCGCAGUCUUUAGAGACAAAGCAGAGUUUUGCUAAGGAGCCUUUUGUGGAAAAAUGAUCCUCUGGCAUCCAAAAACAAAAGAAAAGGUUGUUUUAGUCAAGCCACUAUUAUCUGUGUGUGCAGCACUAUGCUAAUUAGAGCAUAGCUUAACAGAUGGUUGUAUUUUGACUGGGGUCCUGGCAUAUAUUUUUGUUUGCCUAGUUGGCCCUAAUUACACAUUUGUCCGUAUUAUUCUCUGAAUUUUAUAGUGUUCACAGUACAUUCAGAAGCCCAGCAUAGUGGAUGCAUUUUUUUGUUUGUUUGUUUUCUACACUAGAAGAAAUCAGAAGAAAUCUUUAGUGAGUUUGCAGGUUUGCUUUGUGGCCUGGUACAGCUAGACACAAUGGGAACCUUCAGCACAAGCAAAGAAAGGAGCACAAAGCUGAAACCACUGUGCAAGCAUAUUUUUAUCCUCAUGGAUGCAAAAAAAACCAACAAGAAGAACCUUCAAAG